GGGGCAUCGAAAAAGCAGCCCGAUUCGGUCUCACUCCUCCCGGAAUUUUGACUCACUUCCCGUCGCGGUAGUGUGUCACUCUCCGGGCCUCAAUCGCUGCUAAUUUCUAUAAGAUCUCGUCAGCCCAACCCCAUCUCUCCGUUCAGCACACUUCCGGAUCACUGCAAUCAUGGAGGACGCAAAGGAACAGUCCAAGAGCGCGCUGAAGAAGGCUGAGAAGCAGGCCAAGAUGGCGGCGGCGAAGGCUGAGAAGGCCGCAAAGCAGGCGACAGUUCCGGUGGUGGGCGGCAAGAAGACCGACGACAUCAUCGGUAUCACGGUGUCAAAGAGCGAAAACUUCUCCCAAUGGUAUCAGGAGGUCGUGCUCAAGGCCGAGCUGAUUGAGUACUACACCGAAAUCUCGGGCUUCUUUAUCAUGCGCCCUGCCACCAUGCACAUCUGGAACACGAUCCGGAAAUGGUUCCAGGAGCGGAUCGAGGCGAUGGGAGUCGAGGAGACCAACUUCCCCAUGUUCUUGUCACAAAAGUCGCUGGAGAAGGAGAAGGACCACGUCGAAGGGUUUGCCCCUGAGUUGGCGUGGGUGACAAAGGCGGGUGACAAGGAUCUUGAGGUUCCCGUUGCGGUUCGGCCUACCUCUGAAGCGGUCAUGUAUCCUUACUACUCCAAAUGGAUCCGCAGCCACCGUGACCUUCCCUUCCGACUGAACCAGUGGAACUCGGUCGUCCGCUGGGAAGCGAAACAAACAACUCCUUUCCUCAGAGCCAGAGAGUUCAUGUGGCAAGAAGGGCAUACCGCCCACCUUACUGAGCAGCUUGCCGGCGAGGAAGUCCUUCAGAUUCUUGAGCUAUACGCCGGCAUCUACGAACAAUUGCUGGCUGUUCCGGUUGUACGAGGAAGGAAGACCGAGGCUGAGAAAUUUGCCGGCGGUUACUACACAACGACAGUGGAGGGCUACAUCCCCUCGAAUGGCCGGGGUAUCCAGGGCGCGACAUCCCACUGCCUGGGCCAGAACUUCUCCAAGAUGUUCGAUAUCACUGUCGAAGACCCCAACGAGAAGGGGAAGCAUAUCCAUGUCUGGCAGAACUCGUGGGGCCUUUCAACCCGUGUCAUUGGUGUCAUGGUCAUGAUCCAUGGUGACGACAAGGGUCUCGUCUUGCCCCCGCGCAUCGCCAAGAUCCAGUCUAUUCUCAUCCCGGUCGGCCUCACAGCAAAGAUGACUGCAGAAGACAAGGAGAAGCACCUUAAGCACCUCGACGAGAUCUUCGACACCCUGAAGAAAGCCGGCGUCCGCGUUGACGUCGAUCUUCGUGACGGUUACACCCCGGCCUGGAAGUUCAACGACUGGGAGCUGAAGGGCGUCCCGCUACGCCUCGAAUUCGGUCCCAAGGAUGCCGCCAAAGAAGUCGUCAGCUACGCGCGGCGUGACACGGGCGAGAAGGGCACUAUCCCCAUCGCUGAGCUGACGACCAAGGUGCCCGAGUUGCUUGAGACGAUCCAGCAGGACAUGUACAACAAGGCCGACGCCGCGUAUCGGGCGCACCGCCUGAAGAUCACUAACUGGGACGAGGUUGUCCCGGCGCUGGAUGCCAAGAACGUGGUCAUCAUCCCGCACUGCCUGGUCCCCGCGUGCGAGGACAAGAUCAAGGAGCUGACGACGGGCCGGUCGGACGAGUCGCCUGAUACCCCCGAGGGCCAGAAGGCCCCGUCCAUGGGCAUGAAGUCCCUGUGCAUCCCCUUCGAGCAGCCUGAGGGCCUAGUCAAGGGCGAGACCAAGUGCCUGAACCCGGAGUGCACCCGGCUUGCUGAGCAGUGGUGCAUGUUUGGUCGCAGCUACUAAGGAAGCAUCUAGCCAGCAAGAAGAAAAUUGUUCUUCCUCCAUCUCAUUGUUCUUUUUGUGCAGGUGACAGGUCAAGGACGGGUUUGUUAUGAACUGGACGACUGGAGAAAAAGGGGUGGCCAUAGCGGAUUGAGUUACUCGAUACCUAAUGCUUUCCUGCGGAUAUAACUGUCGACAUAUCGGCAUUCUCCUCCAAAUGACGUGGCGUUGACG